AUGAGUUGGUUCCCAGAUGAGGAUGGGAUACGGCAAACGUUGGAUUUGCUACAUAAUUCUCAAUCAACUGACACAAACGUUCAAAGGGUUGUGCAUGAGAAAUUGAAUGAGUUGAACAAUGUUCCUGAUUUUAACAAAUACCUAGCUUAUAUCUUGACGAAUGCAGGUUCGGAAAGUGACAGCACGCGUUCUCUUAGUGGACUUAUUCUGAAAAAUAAUCUGAAAAGUCACUUUAAGAGAUGCCCUCCUGAACUUAUUAGCUACAUCAAGGAUGGGUGUUUACGGUGCAUCAGUGAUAGUUCACCUAUGAUCAGAUCAAUUGUCGGAAUUCUUAUUACCACUAUUGUAACUAGUGACGGCAUACAAAAUUGGCCAGAGUUGCUUCCAAAGUUGGUGGAAUGUAUUGAUUCUCAUGACAUUAACUUUAUGGAGGGUGCUUUUGGCGCGAUCGAAAAAAUAUGCGAAGAUUCUUCAUCUCAACUGGAAACCGAUCGUAUUGGUUGUCCUAUAGGACUGCUUAUUCCGAAAUUCUUACAAUACUCUAGACAUGACAGCCCAAAAAUCAGGUCUCAUGCUCUUGCAUGCAUCAACCACUUCAUACAUAGUCAAUCUCAGGUUCUCCUACACUUUGUUAACGAGUUUCUGGAGUGUUUGUUCGCUUUAGCCGAAGAUGAAGAUCCAAAUGUCCGACGACAUGUUUGCUCUGCAUUUGUACAGCUUCUGGAAGCUCACUUGGAUAAAUUACUUCCAAAUUUACCUGACAUCAUUGAGUUUAUGCUUCUUCGCACUCAAGAAAACGAUGAAAAUAUUUCAAGAGAGGCAUGUGAAUUUUGGCUCUCGCUUUCUGAACAACCUGUGUGCCACCAAGCUCUGUCGCCAUAUAUCGGGCGACUUAUCCCAGUCUUAGUUUGUGGAAUGAAGUAUUCAGAAAGUGAUAUGGUGUUACUUCGAAAUGAUUUAGAAGAAGAUGCUCAUCUGCCUGACAAGGAAUGCGAUAUUCGCCCACGGUUUCAUAAGACAAAAAAUAAACUUUUCUCUCCAGAGGAUGAUGACGAAGAUGAAGACGACGAUUACGUUUCCAACUGGACUCUCAGGAAAUGUUCUGCUGCUGCCCUUGAUGUGUUGGCUAGUGUGUUCCACACAGAUUUUCUACCUAUUUUGUUGCCAAUCACAAAAGAACUUCUGUUUUCUCCUCAGUGGGAACUUAAGGAGUCUGGUAUUUUGGUUCUUGGUGCUAUUGCAGAAGGUUGUAUGAAGGGCAUGAUUCCAUACCUUCCAGAGUUAUGUCCGUUCCUGAUUGGUUGUCUAUCGGAUGACAGGCCUCUUAUACGUAGUAUAACUUGUUGGACAUUAAGCCGUUAUUCUCAUUGGAUCGUUGGACAACCUCAUGAGCAAUACUUCAAGCCUUUAAUGGUUGAGCUCCUCAAAAGAAUUUUGGAUUGUAACAAACGUGUUCAGGAGGCAGCCUGUUCUGCUUUCGCUACUCUAGAAGAAGAAGCAUGUACAGAUCUCGUCCCAUAUCUGGACCUCAUCCUACGAACUCUUGUGUACGCGCUUAAACAAUAUCAACACAAAAACUUGUUUAUUUUGUAUGAUGCUAUAGGUACACUUGCAGAUUCUGUUGGUCAUCAUCUCAAUCGACCGGAUUUCAUAGAGAUGCUUAUGCCACCGCUUUUUGAGAAGUGGAACGUUUUACGAGAUGACGAGAAAGACUUAUUCCCCCUUCUGGAGUGCCUUUCUAGCAUGGCUACUGCCCUAGGAACAGGUUUCCUACCCUACUGCUCUCCUGUGUUUAGUCGAUGUGUUAAUUUAAUUGAUAGAACAAUACAACUCAGUAAGCUACAUGCUCAACAACCAGAUGUAUAUGAACCACCAGACAAAGACUUUAUGGUGAUUUCUCUGGAUCUCCUAAGUGGGCUUAUGGAAGGUCUUGGGUCUCAGAUGGAACAUUUAGUAUCAAGUAGCCCCCUGGUAAAGUUACUAUGUGAAGCAGCUCAAGACGCUCAACCAGACGUCCGCCAGAGUAGUUUUGCUCUCUUGGGUGAUUUAACAAAAGCAUGCUUUGCGCACAUCCAACCUCAGAUUGGUCAGUUUAUGGCAAUUUUGGCUAAUAAUCUCAGUUCGGAGCAUAUAUCUGUUAGUAACAAUGCUAUUUGGGCAAUCGGAGAAAUUUGUAUUCAAUUGGGUGAAGGGAUGGCACCGUUUGCUUCUUUGUUCAUUCAUCCCUUGAUAGAAAUUAUCAAUCGUCAGAGCACACCUAAGACGCUCCACGAAAAUACUGCGAUAACAAUUGGACGUCUUGGUUUUGUUUGUCCUGGUGAAUUGGCUCCUCAUCUAAGCACUUUCAUUCGUCAGUGGUGUCUGUUUUUGCGCAAUAUAAGGGACAAUGAAGAAAAAGACAGUGCAUUUCGUGGUAUUUGUAAUUUGAUUACGCUCAAUCCUGCCGGUGUCUUGCAUGAUUUCCUUUUCUUUUGUGACGCUGUAGCUUCUUGGAAUAAUCCUAAAGACGAUUUAAAAGAGAGAUUUAAUGCUAUUUUACAUGGAUUCAAAGUCCAGGUUGGAGAAGAUGAUUGGAGUAAAUUCUGGAGUCAGUGUCCUCCAAUGCUUCGUGAACGGUUAUCUCUUCAGUACAAUCUUUGA